AUGAACGCCCCCACGUUGCCGAUCCCCGGGGAAGACCACCUGCAACAAGCGCCCCCUCCUCCCGCGCAAAACUUCCAGUACACGGGCCAGCUCCAGCGGAAACAGGCGCCCGAAGGCUCGGCCGAGUGGUACUUUGACCAGGCGUGUGACUGGAUGGGGGCCCACCCGUGGCUCACCGGGUUCGGCGCCCUUGGCGUCGUCUACUUCGCUUCCGGAUUUGUCAAGCUGAAACAACCAGGCAUCAACGGUAAGGCGUUUCAUAAGGGGGCGUUUGGCCCGAAAAUGUCGGCUAAGGAAGCGCUCCAAAUUUUAAACUUGAAGGAACUGAACUUGUCCAAGGCCAAAUUGAAGGAACAACACCGUAGAUUGAUGAUGGCUAACCACCCGGAUAAAGGCGGGUCGCCGUUUUUGGCCACCAAGGUCAAUGAAGCCAAGGACUUCUUGGAAAAGCGCGGUAUCAACAAGUAG